AUGAAGAUCACAGAAAUCUCCUACGUGAAGCCUCAACCAACAGCGCUAGGCAUUCCAGGUGAACUCUGGGCUGAUAUCUGUCUUGCGAAUACGGCUAAACAAGAGUGGCCCGAGUUCCUUGCCUUCGAAGGUACUAAAGAUGGCUUUAUAAUUGACUCAACCGACUUUUUCAAUCUUCGUCUAGCCUGCCUCGAGCUUGAGAAGAAGACCCGACAUGCAUUCGGCCAACGAUUCUUCACCUCUCGAAAAUUUAUGCUCACGCCAUGGAGCUUGAAGGCACUCUCAGAGAUCUCGCUGCAUUCCACAUUUUCCAAAAGUUUACGAGAGUUGAGUUUUGGGCCAGAGCGAUUGACCGGCUACGCACUCAAGAGGCCUAUCGAGGACAUCGAUGAGAUCACAACUGUUCAAGGGUUCGGCGGGUGGACAUAUAGAGCCCCGCUUCGUAUCCCUCCUACAUGGGAAACUGAUUUCAGCGCUACGUUUACCUCUUUGCGGGAAGAGCAGGCAGAAAUGGAGGUAGGAUAUGAAGAUGAGCGUAUGCUACUCGACGUCUUCCAGAACCUCCCGAAUUUGAAGAUCGUGACCGUCGAAAUGGUUCCAUGCUUGAGAUUUAAUCAAGGAAUCAGAAUAAACCCGUUCCAGAACCUGGGUUGGGGAGCACGAGCGCUAUUUCGACAAGUUGGG